AUGGGCGACGAGUUAGCUUUGAUCAAUUCUCCGUCUCCGGUCGCCUCUGCCGGAGGAAACCAUCCUAAUUCAUCUCGUCCGCUCCCUUUCCGUGAGGAUUGUUGGAGCGAGGAUGCGACGUCGACUCUCGUCGACGCUUGGGGCCGCCGUUACCUUGAGCUCAACCGUGGUAACCUCCGUCAAAAGGAUUGGCAGGAGGUCGCCGAUUCCGUCAACGCCCGUCACGGCCAUACCAAGAAAACAAGGCGUACAGACGUUCAGUGCAAAAAUCGGAUCGACACUCUCAAGAAGAAGUAUAAGGUUGAGAAAGCUAGGGUUUCGGAAUCCAAUGGCCAAAUUACCAGUUCUUGGCCGUUUUACUCUCGUCUGGACUCGUUAAUCGGAUCCGCUGCAACCGCGAAGAAGUCUUCAUCGUCAUCACCGCCGACGGCCGUUCCAUUACCCUACCGGAAACCUCCGUCGACGGUAUUGUCUUCUCAAUUUCCCCAGCCUCUCGCGGUUCUCCCUCAGAAACGACCGCUUCCAGUGGCUGCGGCCGUGGAUGACUCGUAUUUUCGGAGGAAUUACUCGGCUGUUGCUGCCGCUGCUGCAGCCGCGGAGGAGGAUGGAUCAGAGGAUGAUGAGUCUCUGGGGACGAGCGACGAAGAAGGUGGUGCUGGUGGGGAAGGAGUGAGGAAGGAGGGAGGAGGGGAUUCCGAGUGCAUGAAGCGGUUGGCAAGGGCUAUUGAGAGAUUCGGAGAGAUAUACGAGAGGGUUGAGGGAGAGAAACAGAAACAGAUGAUUGAAUUGGAGAAACAGAGGAUGCAAUUCACAAAAGACUUGGAAGUUCAGAGGAUGCAAUUGUUCAUGGAUACACAGGUUCAGCUGGAGAAGAUAAAGCAAGCAAAGAGGACAGUUUCUGAUGAUGAUGUUUACAGUUAA